AUGCAGUUGAAGCGAAUAAAUUUACUGACCACAGUUUUGUUGAGCUCGCAUGAUGGAAUUUUCGUGGAAAAAGAGGAUCCGACAUUGACAUCAUUAGAAGUCGGAAUUCAACCCAUAUUUGCUUUAAGAUUCAAAGAUGAUAAAGAAUCUUUUUUCUGUAAGACUGUGAGGAAGGCAGCAGAAGAAACUUUUACUUAA